AUGGCAACUACUACCACCCCAACGAGUUCAAUUUCAGAACCAACCACUGAUACUUCAUUGCCUUCAACUACAACACCAACAAUCACAACUGCUAGCACUCCAAGUACAAUUCCUGAAACAACAGAAAGAACCCCAUCGACAACAACAACCACAGCACCAACAACAGUAGAAAUAACUACAAUGGCAACUACUACCACCCCAACGAGUUCAAUUUCAGAACCAACCACUGAUACUUCAUUGCCUUCAACUACAACACCA